UUUCAGAUUGAAAAAUGUCAUCUUUCCGUCAUCCGCAAGCCACACCGGCGAGAAAUUUCCAAGAUAUGUCAUCGCGUGGUCCAAAAGUACCAGAAAGACCACUUCAACCCUACAUGCGAUACAGUCGGAAGAUGUGGCCAAAAGUUCGCGCCGAGAAUCCAGAAGCCCAGCUUUGGGAUAUUGGAAAAAUGAUUGGAAAGUAUUGGUUGGACCUUCCGGACGGUGAAAAAUCGCAUUAUCAACAUGAAUAUGAGCUUGAAAAAGCAGACUACGAAAAACAAAUGAAACAUUUCCAAGGAAACGGAAUUUCCAAUUUUAUGAUUAAUAAAGGACGCGCGAAGAACAACGAAAAAAUGUCGAGAAGCCGAAUGGACGCUGGCGGAGUUGUAAUUCAACCGGUUGACGAGGAUGACGGUGGCAAUGAAUUGAGCACCCGACGUCUUGCGGGUGUCAGAUUUGAACGAAAUAAUCGAUUGAUUAGUGAUUUGUUCUCGCCGAGCAUCGUUACUGAUACAAGAACUGUAGUUCCACACCACCGAAUGGAGAUGUUGAAGCGACAGGCGACAUCUCUUGGUACUCAUCAGAGCAAACUUGAAGAAGAGCUCACAAAACUGGAAAGAGCCCAUGACAAUCGAAAAAGAGCCAUCGAAAAGGGCAGUGACGACUUCCAAGAGCAAUUGAAGAAAGCUGUUAGUGAAAAACCAGUUGUAGAUGAGGAAAAGUUUGAGGAAACUGUUAAAGAAUGGGAGGAGAAGCUUGCGACAGCUUAUGAAGAAUAUAAGAAGAAACAGGAAACUACAGCAACUCAAAAUGCGAAUUCAGCGCCACUGUUAAGAAAUUUGGUAAUGGAGGAGACACCGAAGACGCCGGAGCAAGAAAAAGAGCAAAAUGUCAAGGAGAAGCCGGCGGAGAGCACAGAAACACCAGCUGCUGGCACAGAGCCAAGUACAGAUGAUGGAGCAAUUGAAACUACUACCACUACUACUACUACUGAAAAUAAGGAAAAGCCGGAAGAAAAAAUGGAAGAAUAAAUGGUCGCCCGGGAAAUUUAAAUUCACCAACAAAAAUCUUUAAUUUAUUACUUUUUUACCCUAUUUUUUAAUUUUCCGCCUCUGAAAAACACCACCUUUUUACCCGUAAAAUGGGCGGAGCCUAACAGACCACGCCCACAAAAUGGGCGGGGCUUUAUGUAUUUUUUUAAACGCAAAAUAUCUCAUUAUAUUUCGAAAAAAAAUUAAAUUUCGCAGAAAAAAAUUCCCCAAAAAAUUGAAAAAAAAAUGGUUAGGCCACGCCCACAAAAUGGACGAGGCUUUAUUUUGAUCUCAAAAUUAUUCUGAAAAAAUUCAAAAAAAAAAUCCGCGAUUGUCUAUUUUGUGGGCGUGGCUUCUUAGCUUUUUCGCUUUUUUUAAAUUUAAAAAAAAAUAAAACCGAAAAAGUUAAGCUCCGCCCAUUUCUGGCCAUUUUUCGAAAAAAAAAUUGUGUUUUUUUUCGAAUUUCCCUCUUCCAAUAUCCUCUUUUCACCAAUUUUCACACAGAAUCUCUCGAUUUUUGUUAUGUAUUUUAUUCAUUUCCUCCUAUAUUUUUUAUUUAUUCAUUUAUUGUUCUUAUCAAAUUAUCAACAAUACACAUUCAUAUAUAUAUAUAUAUAUAUAUAUAUAUAUAUGUAUUUUA